AUGUCUGAAGAGCCAGACGCCAUCAAUGGCCAUCCCUCCGCCACUUCCGGACUCGAUCUUGUCAUCAUCAAGCAAGCUCUUGGAUCAUCCUCGACGUCAACGCGGAUAUCACAGUUACAUUACUUGGACGAUGCCAUACGACGAAAAGUUCCUGACAAACAGGCCACUUGCCAGCUUUUGAAGCUCUUCUUCGAGACCCACGCAUUCUACAGAGACCGAGAAUCAAGACUUGCCGUCCAAAAAUGUCUCGCAAGCAUAGUCAAGUCCGGGGCUGGCCCCGAAACUCUUUCGCCGUUGAUAAAGACUAUGCGCCAUGAAGUUCAAAAACCCGGAAUAGCUGUAUCCAAUGCCUUUGUCCUAGCCGAGUGGUGCAGUUUGCUUCUGCAAACUGCACCUUUCGAGUCGUGGGAACAGCUCGACGAGGACAUCUUGCUCACGUAUGCAGAUGCUAUAGAGAAAAGCUUGCAGUCCGGUGCCAGAUCUGGGCUUGCUCGUUCAGCCAUAACUGUUGCCAGGCGCGGUUUUCGAAAACUGCUCUCGUCGCUUGAAACUCGGGAAGCACGCCUUACGAAAUCCAUCACAGUCCUCGCAAGCAAGUACAACCAGCCUACCGCUCAGAAUUCAAUAAUUCUAGGUGUCAUCGCCGGAGUCUCAGCUCGUCAAAUUUCAUUAAAGUCGGUCCUGGAGACUCUAAAACCAAAAUACUACGACUUCUAUUCCCGAGAAUUGAUCGGUUCACGAGCUGCGUUGCCCGAGCAUAUCUCGUCUGGGCUAGCCGACUUCUUCGCGAAUUUUGCCACAAUCGAAGAUGUGGGGAAAGAGCUGGUUCCUGCCAUCGAGAAGGGUCUGCUGCGAGCUCCGGAGGUCGUUCUUGGGAGUGUCUUGAAACCGCUGGUGACGUCCCUCUCCACAACCUUGGACUUGUCCGAGACUCUGGACGGUAAACUCCUAAAGCCUCUGUUAUCAAACAUCAAGUCCAGCAACCCGUCCAUCCGCCUCGGCGCCAUCGCGGCCUUCCGUGCUAUUGUCGCUAAAUGUACUAAUCUCAAAACUCUGGAGCAUGUGGUGGACGAGAUUGCCACGCCGCUCGCGACCGGCAAACUUCCGGCUGCCGAACAAAAGAUCUUGCAUUCAGAAAUGCUAGAAGUAAUCCCUCUGUCAUCCCAAAGUGCCGCAAAGGUUCUUACCGCUUUGUCGACAAUUUCCAUAAAGGAGGGCAAUGAAGCUGCUCUGGCUGCAGAGACGUCUGCGCUGGUUCAUGCCGCAAUCGGGGAAUUGAAGGAUGGCCGAGACCUUCCCAAGUCUGUCAUUGAUGCAUUUGCCAAGGGUCUCGCCGACAAGAAGCCUGCGUCAAGAAGGACCUGGUUGCUCCGUACUGGCUCUGUCCUACAGAUUUGUGAAGAAGAAUCUGCGCCGAGCCAUCUGGCCGCCUUCAUCGAGGCGGUAGUGCCGAAAUUGAUCGCAAACUUGCAAGAAGUCACCUCCAACGCAGCAUCUUUUGCACAAAAUGGCCUCGUCGUCGGAGCAUAUAUCCUUACAGCGCUUGAGCCGGCCAUGUUGCAGCAUUUUUCAACGUCUCUAGUAGACUCUGCACUCAAAAAAGCCUCCGUUUCCACCCAAGCUCUAUCUUUGACCGCGAAGUCGUCGUUUCUAUUGAAUCAUCGUGUUUAUAGCAAAAUCAGCGCCGACGAAGAUCUGCUAUGGCUCUCUCGGGCUCUAUUAGCAACCUCCAGGACCAUGAAUGACAAAACCGGUGCGGAAGUUACUCUGGCGUGGGCUGAAGCUUAUAUCUUCUUAAUUACAACAGCGUCCGUCGCACCGAAAAUUCAGCAAGAAGCAAUCAAAGCUGUCUCCAAGUUAUUUGCGAAACGACCUCAAUUCAUCUCCGAAGCCAUUGUCGACGGGUUGUGGAGUAUUCUCUCAGGUGACGUCAAAGACAAGGACCUCAGAAUAAACAAGCUGAGCCUCAUCCAUGUACUGCGAUCCAUUUGCCUGGAUCCCCAGGAGCUGUCCGCUAUUGGGGCAAGUGUAUCGCAGGAGGACCUGGAAUCUUUGGCAUGCUCCAUCUUGGUCCUUUCCCGUUCGGAGCUCAUUCCUCGAUCAAGCUGGAUCGACAUGUGCUUGCGAAUGGGUGUGGAUCCCGGCAACCUCGCCAAAAAGCAUCUUGAUGAGCUUUUGGAAGAAGUCGGCUCUAGAACAUCUAUUGAGCAAAAGGUCAACGUAAUACAACAAGCGGCUUACAACGCUGCGGCCGAACUAGCAUUUGUUGCCCCAGAGACCGUCAUUCCGCGAUUGAUGAGGCUCAUCCAUCAGGAUCUUGACCCAAAGCAGCUACAAAACAUUGGUCCUGUAGAAGCUGCCAUCUUUCGAACUCCAGAUGGAACCUGCUUUGUCGAUGUUCUAGCCAAGAAGAGUCAGGCUAAUGUACCGAACAAGAACACCAAGGAUUACGACAUCUUGAAGUGGGAAGAAGAGCUCAGAAGCCAGCUUGAACAAAAGAACGGUCAAAAACGAAAAUUGACUGCCGAGGAAACUUCCAAAGUCAACGCUCAGUUGAGGAAAGAGGCUGAAAUCAGGAACUCCAUUCGAUUGAUCGAGGCGAAACUGCACCGGGGAAUUGGGAUUAUUAAUUCUCUGGCCACCGGACCACCAACAGAUGCCACCCUUUGGCUAGGCUCCGCGGUCGGACUCUUACUAGCGGUGAUUGACGCCGGAGCCGGCUUGAUCAUCGGAGAUAAAGCACCUUUGACCUACGUCGCCUGCUCUGAGAAGGUUUCGUCAAGAUUAGGCGCGAUUCGUCAAUUCAUCGGGGUCGCCACCUUGCGUAUGAGAGGCAUUGCGGUGGCAGAAAACUAUGACGCAGAGAAACUAGAGGACCUCGUCACUAGAGUUCUAUACCGCCUACGCUUCGCAGCCGAGCAGCGGCCGUUCGAUGCUGUUUCAUUGAUUUACAUUUUACCUCUUGUAUUAGAUGCACUGCGAAAAGCUGGCAUUGGGCAUGAUGCUGAUGACCGGGAUGCUCAGCUGGUUCUCGCCACUGAAUUUCUGUCGUUCCACACAGACGUAUGCGCUGACGAAGCGGUGCCACGCGAAGAGCUUCUCGCCAUCUUGAUUCAGUCAAUGCAACAAUAUUCCCAGCACUACAAACUAGUAAGGGAUUGCUUUGCAGACGUGUGCCGAUGUAUUGCACCAAACAUGAGCAACGCAGAAAUGGUGGUGCUUUCAAAAGGUGCCAUUGUGUCGCAGUCCAGCGUCAGAGCGAGCGUGCUGCAAUCGAUAAGCUCCGAGGUCGAUAUGACUGAGCUUGGCUACUCAGAUGAAAUUUGGUUGGCGUGCCAUGACGAUGAAGAAGAAAACCGGGAACUCGGAAAAGAGAUUUGGGAAGAGAGUGGCUUCACAGUCAACGACCAGACUGCCUUGCGGAUGAUUCCGUAUUUGGAGAGCAAAGACUCUCAGCUUCGAAGGGCUGCGGCUCGAUCCUUGGCUGAAGCUACGCAGGCUCAUAGAGACACCCUAGGCAGUGUGAAUUCUCAGCUGCAGUCGCUGUACCUGGAGUUGGCCAAGCCCAAGGUUCAACAACUGGAUGAGUUUGGAAUGCCCAAGAAGAUGGAUCUCUCUGACCCCUGGGAGGCAAGGCAGGGUAUCGCAUCUGCUUUCAAAGAGCUUACUCCAGUUAUGAACACUCAAGAGAUUGAUGAACUCUUCAACUUUCUGAUUGAAUUCGGACCACUCGGGGAUAGAAACGACAAUGUCAGAAGUGAAAUGCUGGAUGCUGCCAUUGCUGCCACUGAGGUUCAUGGCAAGAGCAUGAUCGACACACUGAUGACGAAGUUUGAGACAGCUUUGGAGCAGCCGGACAAAAACACGACUGCCGCAGAUCGGGUCGAUGAGGCUGUCAUUAUCACGUACGGUGCCUUGGCCCGACAUUUGGCUCCUGGCGACGCCAAAAUUCCAGUGGUAAUUGAACGGCUUCUUGCCACUCUCAACACCCCCUCCGAAACUGUGCAAUUUGCAAUUGCUGAGUGCUUGCCUCCAUUAAUAAGGGCUUGCUCAGAAAAGUCUUCCAAAUACUUUGACCAAGUCCUAAACGACUUGCUCAACUCUAGAAAGUACGCAAGUCAGCGAGGUGCGGCGUAUGGCUUGGCUGGCCUGGUCCUCGGCAGAGGCAUUGCGUCCCUAAGGGAGUACCGUAUCAUGUCAACUCUCAAAAGCGCCAUGGACAACAAAAAGGAAGCGCAUCAGCGUGAGGCCGCUCUUUUGGCUUUCGAGCUUCUCUCAACGGUUCUUGGCCGCCUUUUUGAGCCUUAUGUCAUCCAAAUUGUUCCCCAGCUGCUCAGCGGAUUUGGUGACAGCAAUGGCGACGUUCGCGACGCUUGUCUCGCAGCAGCCAAGGCUUGUUUCGGUCGAUUGAGUUCCUAUGGCGUGAAGCAAAUCAUGCCAACCCUUCUAGAUGGGCUAGAUGAUCAGCAGUGGCGUAGCAAGCGUGGUGCCUGUGACUUGCUGGGCGCCAUGGCAUACUUGGACCCCAAUCAACUGGCUGAUAGCUUGCCUGAUAUCAUACCGCCGCUGACGGGAGUUUUGAACGAUAGCCACAAGGAAGUUCGCGCAGCCGCAAAUCGCAGCCUCAAGCGGUUUGGCGAAGUCAUCAGCAACCCUGAAAUCAAGGGCCUGGUGGAUGUGCUCCUCAAGGCUCUCAGUGAUCCCACCAAGUACACCGAUGAAGCACUAGACUCUCUGAUCAAGGUGCAGUUCGUUCACUAUCUAGACGCGCCAUCCCUCGCUCUUGUUACCCGAAUCCUUCAGCGCGGCUUGGAUGAUAGAUCCAACACCAAGCGAAAGGCGGCUCAAGUCAUUGGCAGUCUGGCACACUUGACAGAGAAGAAGGAUAUCAUUACUCACCUGCCUGUCCUUGUUGCUGGUCUUAAGACAGCCGCAGUAGAUCCCGUCCCUACCACCCGCGCCACUGCAUCUCGAGCACUGGGGUCCCUAGUUGAAAAGCUCGGCGAAGAUGCUCUGCCGGACCUUAUUCCCGGCCUGAUGCAGACCCUCAAAUCUGACACGGGCGCUGGAGACCGUCUUGGUUCCGCUCAGGCACUUAGUGAGGUCCUCGCCGGACUGGGCACGACGAGACUGGAGGAAACCUUGCCUACUAUUCUCCAGAAUGUGGAGUCUGCCAAACCAGCCGUUCGUGAAGGUUUCAUGUCUCUCUUCAUAUUCCUUCCUGUCUGUUUCGGCAACAGCUUUUCCAACUACCUGGGCCGGAUUGUCCCGCCCAUCUUGGCAGGACUGGCCGACGACGUUGAGUCCAUCCGCGAGACGGCACUACGAGCGGGAAGGCUUCUCGUCAAAAACUUUGCUGUCCGUGCCGUCGAUCUUUUGUUACCCGAACUGGAGCGUGGUCUUGCAGAUGACAGCUACAGGAUUCGCCUCAGUUCUGUUGAGCUUGUCGGCGACCUCUUGUUCAAUCUUACUGGUGUCAAGGCCAACGCCGAAGGGGACGAGGACGACGAGGAAACUGCCAAGGAGGCUGGUGCUUCCCUCAAAGAAGUACUCGGCGAGGAGAAACGAAACAAGAUCUUGUCUGCGCUCUACGUCUGCCGUUGCGAUACAGCGGGAGCCGUGCGAGCGGCUGCUGUUGCGGUCUGGAAGGUUCUUGUACACAGCCCUAGAAUCCUCAAAGAACUGGUUCCUACUCUGACUCAGCUCCUCAUUCGUCGACUUGGUAGUUCCAACAUGGAACACAAGGUCAUUGCCAGCAACGCUCUAGGAGAGCUCAUUCGCAAGGCUGGAGAUGGUGUACUCUCAAGCCUGCUGCCGACUCUGGAGGAAGGAUUGCAGACGUCUACAGAUUCGGACGCCAAGCAAGGAAUAUGUUUGGCGCUGCGAGAAUUGAUUUCUUCGGCUUCUCCUGAGGCUUUGGAGGACCACGAAAAGACGUUGAUAUCCGUUGUACGCACCGCUUUGACGGACUCUGAUGAAGAAGUUCGGGAAGCUGCGGCUGAAGCAUUCGACUCUCUUCAGCAAAUUCUCGGCAAGAGAGCAGUUGACCAAGUCCUGCCCUUCCUGCUGAACCUUCUCCGCACCGAGGAUGACGCCGAGAAUGCCCUCUCAGCUCUGUUGACUCUUCUGACGGAGACGACACGUUCCAACAUCAUUCUGCCAAACCUCAUCCCAACCCUCACCACACCACCCAUCUCAGCAUUCGACGCCAAGGCCCUGGCUUCCUUGUCAAAGGUCGCCGGUGCCGCUAUGAAUCGCCGGCUGCCAGGCAUCAUCAACUCGCUCAUGGAUAACGAGAUCAACUGCACAGAUGAUGGUCUGCGAGGCGAGCUGGAGGGCUCUUUUGAUACCGUGAUUCAAUCCAUCGACGAGUACGACGGUCUGAACACUGUAAUGAAUGUACUGUUGAAACUCUUGAGGCAUGAAGAUCACAGGCGACGAGCAGCCACCGCUCGUCACAUGGGUAAUUUCUUCGCUGCGGCUGUCAUCGACUACUCGCGGUAUAACCAAGACAUCAUUCGAUCAUUAUUAAACUCGUUUGACGAUGGGGACGUGGAUGUGGUCAAGGCCUCUUGGGCAGCCCUCAGCGAGUUCACAAGUAAGCUUAAGAAGGAAGAGAUGGAAUCUCUUGUCGUGUCUACGAGGCAGACUCUACUGCAUGUUGGUGUUGCCGGAUCUGAUCUCCGUGGUUUCGAACUUCCCAAAGGCGUCAACGCGAUCCUGCCCAUUUUCCUGCAGGGUCUGAUGAAUGGCACUGUAGAGCAGAGGGUUCAAGCAGCUCUUGGCAUUUCGGAUAUCGUCGACAGAACAAGCCAGGCGUCCCUCAAGCCGUUCGUUACUCAGAUCACUGGACUUCUCAUUCGUGUUGUCUCUGAACGUGCUACGGAGAUCAAAUCAGCGAUUCUGUUGACUCUGAACAACUUGCUGGAUAAGAUGCCCAUCGCAUUGAAGCCAUUCUUACCACAGUUGCAGCGAACUUUUGCUAAAGCAUUGGCCGACACCACCAGCGAAGUGCUUAGAGCGAGAGCUGCCAAGGCAUUGGGUAACCUCAUUAAGUACACACCCCGCAUUGAUCCUCUGAUUGCGGAACUGGUAACUGGUUCCAAAACGGCAGACCUUGGUGUCAAGACAGCCAUGCUCAAGGCUUUAUACGAAGUCAUCAGCCGAGCCGGUGCCAACAUGGGAGAAGCAUCUAGGGGGGCCAUAUUGUCUCUCAUCGACAUGGAAACCGAUCAUCGAGAUGAGGCAAUGACCAUAACAAAUGCCAAGCUUUUAGGGGCUCUGAUCAAGAACGUUCCAGAGGAAGCUGCCACUUCUUUGCUAAAAAAUCGCGUCCUAACUCCCACAUUCACCAAUUCUUCAGUUCUAGCCUUGAAUGCCGUGCUUGUUGAAUCGGCAGACACCUUGCUGCAAAGCGCGACAGCCGAGGAACUUCCCGACUUGCUCUGCCAUGGUAUUGCCAACAAGAAUACCUUUGUAGCCGAUAACAUGAUACUGGCGACGGGGAAAGUCCUCCUGUCUUCCCCGCCCAAGAGUUUUGACAGCAUCAAGAGGAUAUUCGAGACACUUGCCGAGAUCAUCCAGCCCGGAAAACCUACAGAUUCGCGACGUCUUGCUCUAGUUGUCGUCCGCACAUUAAGCCGGACCAACAUGGAGUUGGUUAGACCACACGUUCCUUUGUUAGCUCCUCCCGUGUUUGCUAGUGUCAGAGAUCUUGUCAUUCCCGUCAAGCUCGCUGCUGAGGCUACAUUUGUGGAAUUAUUCAGUGUUGUUGAUCAAGAGAGUAAAAUAUUUGACAAGUUCAUGGCCGGGGCAGGCGCAGAUUUGCCAGCCAACACAAAGCGAAGCAUGGCGGAUUAUUUCAAGAGGGUAGCAACGAGGUUGGGGGCCCAGGCAAGAGAGAGAAGGGAAGCAGAAGGUGGGCAAGGCGGUCUGGGCCUGUCUGACGAUGAGCAAGAGGACGAAAGGGAGAUUUGGAGCGUGGGAAAGCUAGAAGUUGCCAGCGAGAUAUUUUCCUAA